AUGGGACAAGAUCCGAGAAACCAUGACUGCCGAAGAAAUUUCUGGGGGUCAGCUAAAGCUAUGGAGCCGCAUGUCGCCAAAAAUCUGGUGAAUUCGAGCGAAGUUUUAAAAUCGCAGAAUCUUCAGGUUGGCGUAUUAAUUGGAGACGACGACAGUUCGACGAUAGCAGCUUGCCGUUCGACUAGCUCUCAUCCCAUCGUAAAAUUUUCCGAUAAAAACCAUGCAUCGGGAGGUGUUACGAAAGAAUUAUACAAAAUUGCAAAUAAUCGCAAACACCGGGAAUUGACUAAAGAUGGAAUCAUGUACCUGCAUCGUUGUUUCACGUAUGCUAUGUCUACGAAUAAAGGCGACAGUGAAGGUAUGGCUAAAACUAUCCGAUGCAUACCAUACCAUGCCUUCAAUGACCAUAAUCAAUGUGGUGACUGGUGUGGAUACCUGAGUGAUCCUGAAAACUAUGACCAUAGUAUGAUUCCAGGAGGUUUUCAUGACCAGGAACUAUUCAAGCACCUCAAAGAUUUGUUUGAUCGCUUAGCGUCAAACUCUCAAAAGUUUUCUCCAGGAGCUUCAAGCAAUGCGAAUGAAAGCUUGCAUGCCAGCAUGGCGAGCGUCGCUCCAAAAUCAAGAUGCUACAGCUUGACUGCUUCAUCCGAUUAUCGUUUUGCAUUGACUGUUGGCCAUAAGAAUGAAGGCCCGCAAUUCAUGCAAAAUGUUUUGAAGAGUGCAGGUUUGUCGCCUGGAAAACACUUUUCAAAACACAUAGCGAAAACGCAGCGUGUACUCCAACGUAGGCGGAUUCUAACAAAAGCUCCAGAGUAUAAGAAGAGACGCUUAGCUCUAAAGAAGUUGAGAACGGCUCUCAGACAUCGAAAAGAGAACGUUGAAGGAAUCACGUACCAAAGUAAUUGUACUCUGCUCGAUAAGCCUGAAGAGGAUCGCAACAAUAAGACGGUUCAACACACAAGCUCUGACGAAGAAAAUAACGACGAAUCAAAUCCGCUGAUAGUUCUACUGGAUCUGGAAACAUCGGGCCUCAACCGAGAUUGUGAUAUUUUGCAGAUAGCUGCUAAAUGUGGCAGAGCGUCGUUUUCCACGUAUAUAAAUCCAAAAAAGCAAAUAUCUGCUGCAGUUACAGAGGCCAAUGGUCUCACGAAUUUCCAAGGAGUUCUCUUAUAUCAUGGAUUAGCAGUCAAAUCUGUAACUCUUAGGCUAGCCAUGAGUGAGCUGCACCUAUGGUUGUCCGCGAGAAGUACACCUCCUUAUAUCGCCACGCAUAAUCUAAGCUUUGAUGGUUCGAGAUUCCACGACGCUAUAGUCUCUUGCAAUUUGCAAGAGGAGUUUCAGCAAGUCGUCCGUGGCUUUAUCGAUACAUUAACAGUUAUUCGAAAGGUCACUGAACGAAAGAAGAAGGGCGAAUGUAGCAUCUCAGGGUUAGCAAACUGGCUCAACAUUCCUACCGAGGGUGCACAUAAUGCUGAGAAUGAUGUAAGAAUCUUACAAAAAAUUCUUCGAUCAGCAAAAAUAACCCACCAAAAUCUUAUUGACAGUGCUAAAACGUGGGAUGAACAGACAGGUAUAUGGAUCAGAGACAGGGACGCGAACCGUUUUUUGAGUAAUCUAGCCCCUCUGAAAGGUAUUGUCGGUGACACAAUUCGCAAAAAGUUAGCUUAUGCUUCAAUAACAAUCGAUUCUCUGCAACAAAUAUUUCACGACUCUGGCAUUCCAGGCAUCGUACAAAUUCUUACUGAGAAGAUUAAUGGUAAACCUAGAGUUACGAGUCACAAGCCCUCAGUUGAAAAAAUAACUAAAUGGGUUGAACAGAAUUUGAAUCUCAACUCUCGAGAAACUCCCUCCUCUGCAUGA